AAGUAGCAAUGGCAAGAACGGCCGCCACCUCCUCCCUCCUCCUCCUCUCCAUCCUCGCCGUCGCCUCCGCGGUGACCAAAACGGCAUCGGCUCCGGUGACCGCGGUGGGCGGGCGGAGGGAUAUCACGAACGUGGGCGCGAACAAGGAGGUGCAGUCCCUGGGCCGGUUCGCGGUGGCCGAGCACAACCGCCGUCUCCGCAACCGCGGCGGCGGCACUGCCAGCGACCCCGUCCCGGUCCUCCUCUCCUUCACGGCCGUGGCCGCGGCGCAGGAGCAGGUCGUCUCCGGCGUGGCGUACUACCUGAAGGUCAUCGCCCGGGACCGCUCCGGCAGCGGCGACAGGCCGUUCGACGCCGUCGUGGUCGUCAAGAAGUGGCUCAGGUCCAAGGAGCUCAUCUCCUUCACGCCUUCCCCGAAGUAGUUAGUAGUGAGCCGGCAUGUAGACUCAAGCCACCGCGUGUGCUCACGCACGUUAUGUAUGCAUGUGCUUUGCUGGUGUUGCGUUCUUCGUUCUUUGGGCUGGGUUCUACGUGUGGUAGCAGCUACAAAUUGAAUAAAUUUGGUGUUCAUGUAUCACAAAAGCGUUCGUUUGGUUUGCCUAUGUCAACGUGC